AUGAUCACACUUGCUUGGAUUAAGCAGCACCCCAAUACCUGGAAGACUUUCAUAUCCAAUAGGGUAUCAGAAAUCCAGACAAGCUUGCCGCAAGCUCAGUGGCUAUUUGUCGGGUCUAAAGAAAAUCCCGCAGACUGUGCGUCGCGCGGCAUCAGCGUUCAGGAGUUGAAGUCGCACUCGUUGUGGUGGAGUGGGCCUCAAUGGCUGCAGUCACCCUCGACUGUGUGGUCGGAACAGCCCUCCUCCCUUCGAUCGGACGGAAACAUGGAACGACGUAGCGUUCCAGUUUAUUUAGCUCAGCGGGGCGCGGCAGGGUGGGAUCUUUCCGAGCAAGUUUCCAGUUGGCCUAAGUUGUUGCGGAUCACGGCCUAUUGCCUAUUGUUCGUUCAUAAGGUUCGACAGCGCCUUAGAAGGGCGGAUAGUGAUCAAUUAGGUACGUUAUAUGUGUUGAGUGACGCUAUCAGACAGGCUCGUAGUUUUUGGAUUGCGUACGUACAAAAGAUUAACUUUUCGAAUGAGAUCCAGGCAAUAAAACGUGGUGAGGGCCCGUCUAAAUCUAGUCCCUUGAAAAAUCUAAACCCGUUUUUGGACACGAAGGAUAACCUUCGUGUCGGGGGACGUCUCUGCCGGGCGUCCCUCUCUUACGAUGAGAGACAUCCCAUCAUACUACCGAGGCAUCGCAUAUCGGAGCUGAUUGUUGCGCAGGCACACGAUCGAACGCUUCACGGUGGGACACAGUUGACGUUAGGAGUUUUACGCCAAGAGUACUGGAUUCUAAAUGCUAGAAACCUUGUAAAACAUCACAUUCACAGGUGUGUUGUUUGUGUCCGCCACAGAGCUAUUCCGAUAUUGCAGCAAAUGGGUGAUCUGCCGGACGUUCGAAUAAACCCUUCUCGUCCGUUUCAACAUACCGGCGUAGACUAUGCCGGUCCUUUUCAUGUCCUUCCGAUAGUAGGACGUGGCCAGCGGACACACAAGGCUUAUGUGGUUGUGUUCGUUUGUUUGGCCACUAGGGCCAUACACUUGGAACUGGCCAAUGAUUAUACCAGCGAUAGGUUUUUGGCCGCAUUUAGAAGAUUCACCUCUCGUAGGGGUCUUCCGGUCUCAUUAUUCAGUGAUAAUGGGACCAAUUUUCAGGGUGCCGAAAAGGAAUUGCGCAAUGCGUUCAGAGCUCUGUCGCGUGAUCCUGAUCUCGUCGCGUAUUUAGCCUCCGACGGCAUCACUUGGAGAUUUAUACCGCCCUCCGUCCCACAUUUUGGAGGAAUGUGGGAAGCGGGCGUAAAGUCCGUUAAGCACCAUUUACGGCGUGUAAUUGGUGCUCACACGCUUUCAAAUGAGGAGUUCACUACAUUACCAACUCAAGUGGAGUCAUGUCUAAAUUCUAGACCUAUAGCUCCCUUGUCCGAUGAUCCCUCCGAUCUCUCACCUUUGACUCCUGCCCAUUUCUUAAUAGGUACCUCGCUGAUUGCGACGCCUGAGGAGUCCGUAUUGGAUUUGAGGGAAACGCGAAUUGUUGGCAGCGUGUACAGCGGAUGCACGAGCAGUUUUGGCGGAUAUGGUCGCGAGAUUAUCUCCACACGUUACAGCAGCGCUAUAAGUGGCGUCAGAAAUCGACUAGUUUGA